CAGGUUCUUGUUUUCCUUGCUGCGAUGUCAACUAGAAACCUAGAAGAAAAUUGCAACUUUCUAGAUAAUGAAGAAAGUCAAUCAGAUCUGAGACCAUGUGAAAAGGAUACCUUACAAUCCCAACAGGAGGUGGAGGAUAUAUUCAGUGUUACUUCAGGAAGUCCAUGUCCGAUCAAGGAUGCUCAAGCUAACAGUAAAACCAAAGACGAUGAACAGUCUGACAUGCUCUCAGGCCAGCCUUUGGACAAACCAGGAAUCCUGACACACCUACAUCAUACAUCACCUCUGGAGUCAAUCAGAGAACUAGCAGAAAUGGAAGAAACCAGUGAAGGUCGAAGUCCAUGUGAUGGAGCAGUUCGAAUUAAGGACGCAUGCAAAGAACCAUGCCCAAAGAACCAUGAUGUAUUAGAAAGGACCGCUUUGGGACAAAAUUCCAACACGCAACUUGAUUUGGUGGAUACUUACAGCUCCAUGGAGGAUGUCCCAGUUGGAUCAUGUCCUCCAGAAGAUACCUCAUACAUUGCAUUGAUUCCUGGACACCUGGAGUGGUGUUCUUCCACUGUGUCUGAUAACCAGAAGGAGAUGGCAGGGUACCAGUUGACAUCGUCCCACACCAGUUCUGACAUUUUAGAGGUCCAACUGGACCAUCAGUUUACCAUCACACCAUUGCAAAACCAUCAACAGGACUCCUUUCAUCCCCAAAUUGAUGUAAAGGUUAAUACAAUCACUGAUGAGGCAGAGGAUAAUAAUUCCAACCUGGAGGAAGUUUAUGGGCCGAUCUGUGAAAAGGAAGACAGUGUGGCUAACCAGACCCUAAUUGAGGUUCUCACAACAUGUGAAUCCAGAGUGGAACAGCUUGAGGAGCUUAAAUCGUCUUCGAUUGAGAUGUCUGCUCAGUUGCAAUCUGCCCGGGUUCUGGCUGCCAGGCUGCAUCAGAAAGUGCUUAACCUGGAACAUGAAUGUCAUCUGAAAGACAAGGAGCUCCAUGAUCUGACAGUCCACCUUGAGAAGACGAGUGAAGCUCUACAAGCAAGGAAUUCAGAAAUGGCUGCAGUCACUGAGGAGCUCCACCGACUUCACCUUGAACUGGAAGUGCAGAAGAAAACAGCUGCAACUGACAGGACAGUCAGUGCCAAUGGGCAGCUCGGUCCAAACGCACACCAGCGCAAUGGCAGCUCCAAAGUGUGCACACUACUUUAAGAACAAAAUAAAUGUUCAUUCUUGAUCUGUAUAGUAGAAUUACCAUUCUCUUUAUUAGGAGCAGCUGUAUACCUGUUGUUCAUGCAAUCAGCAGUGUGAUGCAUAAAAUCAUUCAUGUCAAGAGCCUUCACAUCAAACCAAAAUGGGGGAAAAUUUCAGUGAUCUCAUUGACUUCAGCUGAGGUAUGGUUGUUUGCCUCCAGUUGGGCUGGUUUAAGUGUUUCAGAAACUUGAGAUUUUCUUACACAACAGUCUCUAGAGUUUCCACGGAGUUUCGGCGAGCGUGUGCACACUGCAGCCUCAGAUUCCUGUUCCUAGCUGAAAUCCACUUGCUGAUUAUCCACUUAAAUUUGGCCACAAAA